UGGGUUGUUUUUUUAAAAUUAAGAUUAAAAAAGAAAAAGCACUUGCAUGUGUUAAAAUGUACGAGAAACGGUAAUAUAAGCAAAUAAUUAUAGAAGUUGUUGUUAAAUAAGAGCUAGACUAAAUUUACCAAAGCAAAACAACUUAGACUAGAGAGUAACUUCUGUACUAUGGCAUGGGCUUAGGGCUGGUGAUUAAUUAGGACAAGUUAGGACUAGUCACUGGAUUAACUAGAUAGAACUUGUCUUACUUUACUACUCUUUAGGCUUAUGGUCAUAGGUCUAAACAUAAAAAGCGUCUUCUUACUUAUGGCUAUGGUAUGAGUGAGUACGAAUUAUUUAUUUAAUUAUAAUAUAAUUAGCCUAAUAAUUAGUAGUAGAAGCCUAACUAAUACCACAAAAUGAAAGAGCUUAGGCCUACGCUUAGUAGUUAGUAGGAUGACUUUAAUUUACAGUUUAAUAGUAUUACUAUUAUUAGCCUUUAAAUUUAUAUUGCAAAUCUACCACUUGAGCCUCGGCCAAGAAAAAAUCCACUUGUUCCAGUUUGAAGGGCUAUUUAAACAAUUAUUCUUAGGCCUAUUAAGUUUUUAUGACAUUUUCAUUGUAGUAUUCAUUCCAAUUCCAGCACAUGUAUAAUGCAAAUAGAAAAAAUAAAACAAUUUACUUAAAAAUUAUUAAAAAACGGGCCAAAUUUGAAAUUUUUUUAAAGGUUGACGGCCACCAUCCCUAACCUAAACCCUAAACCUAACCUUAACCCUAAAUCGAUCCCGGCUAAAAUUAAGGAUGGAUGCCAUGGCGUCUUUUGUGUGUUUAUUAUAGUUGCAGUGAAUUAGGUUUUAGGUUAGGCUGAGGGAUCGAUUUAGGGUUUAGGUUAGGCAUAAGGAUGGAUUUAGGGUUCAGGUUAGGCAUAGGGAUUGAUUUAGGGUUCAGGUUAGGCAUAGGGAUCGAUUUAGGGUUCAGGUUAGGUGUAAGGAUCGAUUUAGGGAUACAUUCGUUAAAUUCGAUAAAAUAGUGGCAUUCGUCCUUAAAAUUUACAUCGAUCCCUAAACCUAACCUAAACCCUAAACCUAUCCCUAAACCUAAAUCGAUCCCUAAACCUAACCCUAAACCUAUCCCUAAACCUAACCUGAACCCUAUACCUAACCUGAACCCUAAACCUAACCUGAACCUAUUCCUAAACCUAACCUGAACCCUAAAUCGAUUCCUAAACUCAACCCAAAUGCUAAAACUAGCCCUAGAGCCGCAAGUAAGAACACAUGGAAUUUACACACUAUGGCAAGAAAACUAUGAACAUGAACAAAAACAAGAAAAAAUGGACAAAAAUAAUUAUAAAAUUAAGGAAAUAAUAAAAACCCAACUUACAGUUUCAUGAAAUACACUUUUACACACUUUAUUUCAGGUUCCAUCGAAAAUAUUAUCCACAAAAUGAAUAGAGCACAAGACCGGUAUUAGGCCAAAAUGUAGCAAAUAUGGCGGCAGAAAUAAAAUAUGAUAAUUAGCCAACCAAUGAUAUUUUAAAAUUAUAAUUAAUAAACCAAUUAAAAUUUUAAUACAACACAUGUCAUCAGCGUACGAAUACUGAUACAUAACAAAAUAAUUUUCUUAAAAUAAACUCGUCCGACGCUUCCUCCAAUGAAAAUAAAAAAUAAAAUAAACAAAGGGGAAAGACUCCUGCAAAAAAAUUGAAUAAACAUGCAAAUGACGUCACGGGAUGAUUCUUAGAUUUAGCCAUGCAUAAUUCUCCCCCUAGGUGACAAAAUGAAGUUGUCAUUUCCACAAAAACAAUUCUGGAACAUGAAUUCAUGUCAAUAUGGAGGGAGAAGAUCAUGGCUUGUGCCAAUCUGUCUUUUCAGUUUGCGCGCAUCCACAUGUUUUCCAAAUUCUGUGUGUGGACAUCAGAGUCAUCUGGAUCAACAAAAUUUUGUUGAUGCCCCACAACGGAGUGUUCAACUGUUCAUAUAUACUAUUUCUUAUUUGGUCUAUAUUGGCUUACGCCACCCAAUUGUCGGAUACAAUCAGUGAUCCUGUAAGUAUAUUAGUAUAAAUCUUUCGAUGCACUCUUGUAAUGUUGUUGGACGUCGGUCUGGCACUUCGAUAAGAAAGCAGCGCCCACUCUCUCUUUCCACACAACCAAAAACCCAGUGACCCAGUGACCCUCUCCCCACUAUCCACGGUGGUAUUUCCUGUGGAAAUAUUUUGUUUCAUUGAUGUCAACUAAAAUGGAUUCUCGUUGAUUGUCCAAACACCCAAUUUCAGGCGUAUUUGCAGCCAGCCAGGCUUUGCACUCCUCCCGCAUAUAUUGCACCAGUCCGACACACUAGUGACAUUUGAGAUGUCAGCCUCUCGUGCCAUCUGCAACUGUGGCAUAUCACAACACCAGCAGUAAACUAAAAUAAUAAUUUGCUGGUUGCUGAGGUGACUUCCUGGAGAGAAAGAGCCUUCUUGUUGUGACUUUCUGUAACUGCAUGCUGGAUGCUGAGGUGACUUCCUGCAAAGAGAGAGCCUUCUCGUAAUGACUUUCAGUAACUGCAUGCAGCACAGGCCCACCUGAGACCAUCCUGUCCUUGAGUUUAUCUGUUUAAUCUGCACAGCCCAUUGCAGACACCUCAUGUCAUACUGUUUUUAGACAGGCGUCUACACACACACCACCGUAGUACUGAAUUAGGGUCUGACAAAUUCGGCAGUAGUGUGGACAGCCGCCAUACUUCUUCAUAUUUUCGUAUCUGAUAAGUAGCAAACACUUUGUGCAUGGGCACUAUUGUAGUCUCUCCUCUUUUUCUGCCUGCUAUAUCAGUAGCUUAGAAUUAAUAAUUUUUUAAAUGUAUUGUGCUAAAUAACUUUAUGUGGAAGCAGAACCAUUAACAUAAAAACCAAUAUAAGAAUAAUUGUUUAAAUAGCCCUUCAAACCUUGGUUGACUCUCAAUUUGUAGAUUAUCUUUAUAUUAUAUUAUUUUAGGCAAGCAGUCAUCUGAAAUUCUUAUAACAUGUCACACCCAGAAAAGCUGGGCCUGCAUUAAAAUAGUAAUAAAAGAUGCAACACAGUGUCAGUAUGUGAGUUUGAGUACCUUGGUGUCCUUGGCCUCGGUGCCUUGGAUCCUGUCCUGCCAUUUGAUUUUAGGGAUUUUUCUGAGGCUUGUUGUGUGAAAGAUGUUCAACUUUCUUGCAAGACAUUGAUAGACCUCAUAAAAUAAUUGUCUUUUAUUCAACUUUCUGUGGCAGUGAUGUCUCUAAAAAAAUCAUCAAUCAAGUUAUAAGAUAAUUAUAAGCGAUGAUUUUUCUUAAGGAAUUAAGUAAUUAUGAAGCUUAUUUUUGAAAGACAACACCUUAACAAUUUUCAGUAUUGUUUACUUGAUAAAUGAUUAUUCUUAAUCUAAUUUCACAAAAAUAUAUUUACAAAAGUUCUACUGAUUCCUCAUUUAGUAUGAAAUUAUUGUAAAAAAGAAGGUUCUUAAUGAGCUCAUUAUUUAUUUAUAGGCCUACUAAAAAAUUUCAGAAUGAAAUUUCUGUUGAAUGUGACUUUUAUUUUAGUAUAAAGGAACCAAUAAAAUAUAAAUUUAUUUUGAAUUAAUCAAUUUAAAGAUAUUACUAGAUUGUAUUUACAUAUUAUAUAAUUUCAGGUACCUAGCAGUGAUGACAAGAAGAGGACGAUUAUUCUAAAAAGUUUACAAUACCUAACGAUAUGGAUGACAAAAAUUUCAAAUUUAAAUACAGAACAAAAACAAAAGAGUGGAAAAUAAUGUAUGGAGAAGAAACAUCACCUGAAAGUGCUAGCAGUAGCUUACCUUCAUUGAGCAUGAAUUUGAAUAAAAAAAAUGAAAUUUUCAUAAGUCAGGUAACUAUUGAAUGCAAAGAUUUUCUAAAAUUUUACUUACUAGCAACUAAUUUUUAAGUUUAAUUGUAAGCAUUUUUUAAUAAAUAACAUGUAUAUUAUAUUAUUCCACAAAGCAUAAUUUUGUUUAAAUAUUACGAAAAUAUUUGAAGAGAAAUUCUGAGUUUUGAAUCAGUAAAUUUAUAUAAAAUGAACAAUUUCAUAUUUUCUACUUUUCAGGAUGAAACUGUUUCAUUCAUUAAAAAAAGAGAAAUUAAUCAGAGAGAUUGCAAGAAAAUAAUAAAAGAAGAGUAAGGAAAUUUUGUUGUUGCCACAAAAUAAAUUUAUCUCAGUUUUUUUUUUUUAAAUUUUCAAAUAAAUUGUGUAUUUUACUUUUUUAUUGAAAUAUUUGUCUACUCUAAGUUCCAAAAUGAAAUAAACCAUUAACUAGAGACUCCUUAAGUCCACAGAGUUUUUAAUCAGACAAUGGUGAUUGUUGGGAUCAGAGUUCUUCUCCACGGUUUUGAAAUUCCCACAUUCCUCAAAGAUAUCUGUUUAACUUGUCAGUCCCUCACUGCCACAGAUCUGUUGCGAUAAUUUCAAAUUUGUGGAACAGAAGUAGUGUAUGCAGUUGUGGCUUCAGCAGAGCUUGAAAAACUAAACAUUCAUCAUGAUCCCUUCUUGAGAGUUGUUUUAAUUGUCAUCUUUGUUGUGGUCUCAGGUGUCUAUUAGAUAUUCUUGUCUCUUCACUUAUUAAAUGCUUAUUAUGGCUUCUUCAAAGGUUUUCCUUUUGUAAUUUUUUUGGGGGUAGCCAUCUUCAUUUACCUUUAUCUUAACUUCCUUAUAACUUUCAAGGUCAAUGUCAUAUUUUUAAAAAUAAUGAACUAAGUGAUGCUAAUUUAGGCUCAGGUCAAUCUCAUUUCUAUCUGUUGUAUAUGAACAGCUACUGUUAGUGUUAUCUAAUAUUUUAAGUUACUCUUAUAAUCAUAUUAUAAUUAUUUUUUGUAGCAAAACAGAAAUUUGCCAAUGUGGCAGAUUAGUGAAAGAGCAUAGUAAAGGUGUGCAAAAGAGAGUUAAGGCAGUCAAAUGGAUAAAAGAUAAACACUCAGAAAAAAUACCAUGUGAUUCAUUUGGUGAAAUACAAUUCAGUGGUUUUGGCACCAGUAUAAGCAACACUUUGGUACCAGUAAGUAAACAAAUUACAAUUACAUUUAAAAUAACCCAGCAUUAUGUGCAUACUUGAAAUUAUUUUCAAUAAAUUCAAACAGGUUUUGAGACAAAAAAAGAUUUGUUGUUGGGAGUUUUUGUUAAAAAUAUGUUGAUAUUAUCAUAGUCGAGUAAUGCUCAGUAGUAAUCAAAAUUUUUUCACAAUUUUUAAUUGUAAGUCAUCAUGUAAGUUUCUUUUUUUUAAAAUAUAGUACGCAAGGAUAUGCUAUGAAACAGAGGCUAUUGUUGUUUGGGACCUGAUGAUCAAGUACUGGAAAAUGCCACCACCAAGGCUUCUCAUCUCUGUUACAGGUGGGGCUAAAAAGUUUAAAUUGAAACCAAGACUUAGCUCAUUUCUCAAGCAAGGACUUGUAGGAUCAGCUGUUAAAACAGGUAAGUAUCAACGGAACUUUUUUUUAGUUGUGUUACAACUUAUAGAUCCAUAUCAUUUCUUGUUUAAUUAAACAAAAUCAACUUAGUUAUUUAGAAAAGGAUUUAGAGCAUCAUUUAAGUUUGUUGGACCAGUGGACAAGUCUCAAAAUUGCAACAAGGACAGGUGGAAGAUUUAUUACUAAUAUUUUCUUUUUAUUUGACGACAAAUAUGCAUGUUUUGCUGACUGGCAACGUAAAGUUUGGGGACUGGUGCAGAUCCACGGACUGCCAUUUGAGGAACACUGAUUUAGAGUAUUGAGUAAACUUCUUAUUUAAGUAUGAAUUUAUUUUUGAUAUUUGGGAAAAAUAUAAUUAGAUAUUUAAAGGUAUAUAGAGAAUAAAAAAAUGCUUGAUAAAUACAUUUUCAUACACGUUUCUUUAGGUGCCUGGAUCAUAACAGGGGGGACCAAAUCUGGUGUGAUGGAGUUUGUUGGUGAAGCAGUGAAGGAUCAUAUGCUGAUACAUAGCAACAGCACAGACAAUAAAUGUGUGGUCCUAGGCAUAGCCUCAUGGGGAGUUGUGGGGAAUAAAAAGGCACUGAAUGGAAAUAGGGUAAAUAUGUAACAUUUCAUUGGCAUGUGGUAAAAAAUGGUUCAUUGAAUUCAUUUGAGAUAAAUAUGCUACAUAAGAAGAAUUUAAGAUAAAAAUGUUACAUUUGAUGGAUGUUAUGUGAAAAAAUAUGUAACAUUAAAUGAAUCAGAGAUUAAUCCAUUAUAUUAUUAUACUGGAUGAAAAUAGGGUAAGCCGUUUGAACUAAUAUGUAUAUUUAUACAUAUAUUUAUUAUUUUAUAUUUAUUUUUUUAAAACUAAACUUAAAUUUUUAUUCACUAUUUUGUUAGUUGUCAUUCUCACCUCAAUAUUAUUGCCAACAAUAUAUUUAAUCUUUCUUGUUUAAUAGGUGCAGAAAAAUGGAUUUUGGCCUGCAAUUUAUGACAAUGAAGAGUUACAAGAAAAACGGGCCCACCUUGACCCCAACCACACCCAUUUCCUUCUUGUUGAUGAUGGCACAGAAGGAAAGUUUGGAGUUGAGAUUGAGUUCCGUUCAGUUCUAGAGAAAUUUAUAUCUGGCAUAGAAUCAGAUGGUAAUUUUUUCUUGGUUAGCCUGUUGAUUCAAAUGAUUAUUGAGAUACUUAAGUCUUAAUUAAUUUAUUUAAAUAAAAUACUUGUAUGAUGUGUAAAUAUUGUUUGGAAAUCAUUAUAAAAACUCUAAUACAAUUUUCUUUAACAUUACUUCACACAGAAAAACCAAAAGAAAAAUCAAGUGAAAUAAAUGAAGGUCAGCGUUCAAGCUGUGAGAUGGAAAUAGUAAGAAAAGGUAUGUGGAAGCUUGAAUCAAAACACAGCAAAACAAGAUAUCAAAGUUUCGGCUAAGAACCUUCCUUAGCAGACAGGAAAAAUGAAAAAAAGACAAUAAAUAGAGAAUAGUUAAAAACUAAAAUGAUUGCCAUUGUUAUUGCCAGAAGUUGGAUUUUUUAAAAACCAAGAUUACACAAAGUGAAAGAAUGUAUAUAUUGUUACUGUGAAAAAUAAGGUCUUAAAUGUUAAUGACCGAAAUGUUUUGGAGAUAUAUAAAAUAUAAGAAAUAAGAAAAGAAUGCAGGAAAAUAGAGCUCAUUAGGAGGAGAGUAUUUGUAAACUUUUAUGGAGACAAUUAGUCAGAUGAUAUCUUGUCAUCAUGUUUUUGGAAUAAUUUAAUUGGUUUCACUUAUAUAACUAUUUAUCCUUUAAAUUUUAUUUAAUAUAAACGAAAAAUACAAUUACUAUUGUUUUUAACAUUUUUUACCCAGUUAUACAAAUUCCAGUUGUACUGGUAGUUGUUGAAGGUGGUCUUGGCACCAUGGAGACAGUACAACAAUCUUUAGAGAAAAAAACUCCAGUGGUCAUUGUAAAAGGAUCUGGCAGAGCUGCUGAUUUUUUGGCAUAUGCUUAUGAAGAGACAAUAAAAAGUUGUGAUAAGUAUGAAGCUUUUUGAAAAUCAUUGAUCAUGUUUCUUUAAUACUUGUAAAUUUUCUUUGUUUAUCUCAAUUUUAUUUGUGCUUUCCUACAGGAACAGUACAUUCAUAUUUACCUUAGAGUUUGAAAAGAAAAUGGAAGAGGCAGAGUUUAAAAAUAAAAUUAAAGAGCAAUUAAAAAAAGCCUUUGAGAAGGAAGAAGAACAAGAGCAUGCUUUGGAGAAAGUGAAAAAGUGUUUUGUCAACAAUUUGGUAAGUUUUGUUGAAAAUAAUUUCAAAAUAAAAUAACAUAAAAAAUGCUUGUUUAUGAAAUGUUUGAAAUAAUUCACAAAUUAAUUUUUUUUUAAAAUUAUAAUUUUGUUUUUAAAAAAUAAUUCUAUAGUAUUAUUAGUUAGCCUUCUUUUGAGAGAAGAUUUCUCUAAACUUUAAAAAAAAAAUGUAUAUGUUUAAAAAAAUUAUCAAAAAUGUAUGCUGAUUUACCUUUGUUUAGAAUUUUGGCUUUGGACAUUAUGUAUAACAUGAAAUUUGCUCUCUUACAAUAUGGUGCAUUAAAAUUUACACAAACAAAUUAAACUGAAAUUAAUAUAAAUAACUAUAUAGUGGAUUCUUCUUAAUUGUGCUACUGUAAUUGUAAUAAUAAAUAUUUAUUAGGGAUAAUUCGGAAACAUCAUAAAGAUUUUGUUUGGUCAUUUUGAUUAAAUUUACCUUAAUCGUGUUAUUUAUAUAUUUGUUGAAAGUUGGUGAAACAAGUGUAUUCAGACCUACGAUGCAACGAAUUUAUGCUGAUAAAUUUUAGAUGAAAAUAAUAUUAUACAGAGUAACACCUCUUAAAUAAUAUUAAUUUUUAUGAUUCAAUGUUUAAUUUUAAAUAGAUAUUUUUAUUUUGUUUUGUUGUUUGGCUUUGGUAACGUUGCAAGAAAAACAAAGAAACCUAUACAUAAAACUGUAAACAGACCAGCUGUAACAUACACAAGGGAAACUUGGACACUAAAAAGCAGAAAAUCUAUUAAACACAUGGGAGAGAAAAGUUCUCCAGAAAAUAUACAUACCAAUGAAGGAUAAAUAUGGAUUUAGAAUAGGAAGCAAUCAGGAAUUGUAUGGACUUUAUCAGGAUCCCAUGCUAGUAGAAAAUAUAAAAAAAGGGCAGGCUACACUGGGUGGAACACUUCAAAUGACUUAGGAGUAAAGAGGGAUCACCACCAAAACCCCAGAGGAAAAUGAUUCAAAGGCAGAGCUAGGCUUAGAUGGAUCGAUGAUGUGGAAAAGAUCUACAGCAGCUAGGAAUCCCAGAUGGAAAACAAAAACAUCAGUUAGGUCUGAGUGGAAGGAAGUGAUGAUGCAGGCCAAAGCCCUACAUGGGCUGUAAUGCCACAGGGAUGGAUGGAUAUUUUGAUCUAAAAAAAAUAGUUUUAUUGAUAAUGUGUGAGCACAUAUUUUGUAACUCCAUAAAUUGUUACUUUUGUUUAAACUAUUAUUAUUGUUUACUUUUCAUAUGAGUCCUCUGUUGAUUUGACUUGUGUUUUAAUUGAUUGAAAAUGCAUGUUUCCUUAAGUGUCCCAUAAUGUUUUAUAUUACAGUCUCGUCUUAAUCAUUUGCAACUGUCUUCUGUCAGGUUCAACAAAACACUUCAUAGAAAAACUGCAAAAAGUUCCAAAUUCAGCUGCUAGAUAAGUUCUAAAGGCAAAGAGACUUGAUCACAUCACUCCACUACUUCACUCCCUUCAUUGGCUCCCUUUCAGGCACACCUUUUUCUCUCAUUCCUGCUCUUCCUAUCGUAUCUUCUUUCUGUCUAUUUACCCCUUCAACAGCUUCACUCCUCUGCAGACAAGCAUAUUCUUUCUGUUUCCAAGACACGAACUAAAACAAACAGUGAGCAAUAUUUCUAUUUCUGCACCCAACAAACAAUGGAAUUCUCUCCUAUUACACAUCCUCAAUAUACCGACCAUCCAAGCCUUCAAAACUGCACUCAAGACAUAUCCCUUUAAACUCUACUAUUCCGACUCAUUCUCCCCCCCCCCCACCGAUAAACAAGCCUCGAUGCUGCUGCGUGCAGGCCAUGGCUAGACAGGGGUCAAUAGUUUUUGGGUUGGCAAGGUCAACAUUUUUACACAGCUGUUUAAAUUAAUAAUUUUAUGUAACUGUUUUUUUUAUUUCAUGUUUCUUUUUUUCCUUUUGCUAAUUUUUAUGUGAAGCACUGUGAACCAAGCCCUAGACUGGGGUACAGCGCUAUAUAACAACACUUUAAUAAUAAUAAUAAAAAUAAUACACAUUCUUGAUUAAAGACUUGAGGAUAUUUAUGAAAUGGUGUAACGGAUGUUAAAAAUUGAAUUAUUUCAUUUAGAUAGUAUUAUUUAUUUUUAAAACAUUCAUUUGAAAUAUUUGAAUUUUUCCCUUGAUUUUCCAUCCAGAUAACUGUUUUUGAUUUAGGGAAGUGUGAGUCAGUGAAAGAUAUUGACAGGGAAAUUCUGUGUGCCAUUUUGAAGGGUAUGAUUGAAUCAUAUAACAAAUAGUUUAUCCCUUGAUCUAUACAAACAGAAUUAUACUGUCUCAUGAAAUUUUAUCAGACCUGAGAAUAUUGCCACUGUCUUAUACCCUACUGUAUUAAGCUUAUUUAAUUAUAUUUAACAGUUUUAGCUUAGACAAUCAUUUAUGUUAUUAUUAUAUAAUUAAGUAAAAUUAUAAGUACAAUGUACAUUAAAAAUCCCAUAAAAGUUUGAUGAAUUUUUAAUUAAUAAAAGUUCUCAAAUAAUUAAUAAAUCUUGCAUUACUCAUAAUAGGGAAUCUGUUGUUUUUUUAAAUUUUCUGUAAUAAGAAAAUUUUUGCAAAGCAUGUGCUCAUUCCAAUAUUGGACAAAAAUUAUUGAUAAAAAUUUUGUCAGCCAACAAGUCAGAAAGCGAAUCACAACUUAAUCUUGCACUGGCAUGGAACAGAUAUGACAUUGCAAGACAACAAAUAUUCACUUCAGAAAAUAGACAAAAAUGGAAGGUAUAAAGUCUUACCUUCAAGCUAUUUUUUAAAUUAUACAAUAAAAACUGUUGUUUUGCAACUUUAAAAGUAGGUCUACAUUUAUUUACAUUAACAGGAAAUUAAAAUUAUAAAAUCAUACGUGAAACGAAUUAGCCUGCUAACGUUUUGAUUUAAAAUAGGUCAUUUAAAAAAAUAAUAAUUAUGAAAUUAUAACUUUUUUCUGGAUGAUUUAUUCCAUUUAUCUAUUUAAUUUAGUUACAAACAGAAUACUUACAUGAAGCAAUGCUUACUGCACUGGUACAAGACAAACCAGAAUUUGUUCAACUGUUUUUGGACAAUGGCGUGGACCUAAAAGAAUUUCUCACUGUUAAACAUUUGAUGGAACUCUAUAAACAAGUAAGCAAAUUUGGUGAUCUUCUCCAUUUUUUGGGGGCCAAAAAUAUAACUCUCCUCAAAUUAUUUUGAUGAAAAAUUUUCAAUUGUGUUUUUUUUAUAGAAGUCUUUAUAUGAAAAGAUGUGUUUCAUACUGUUAUAGUUUUGAAGAUUUAAUCUGUUUUAAAAUAAGGCUCAUAGGAUAAAAAAUAGGUAACAAAGGACAGAGUAAACAGUUUACAAAGAAAACGAUACCAAAGCUGGUGAUACUAACACUAUUUAAUUUAAUUAUACUAAUACAUUUCUAUACAACCAGAAAUUUGAGUACAGAAACAACUUACAGUGAAAAAGGUACACUCAUUAAAAUACAAAUAUUAAUUUAAACAUACACAAUUAUACAGUGUCUCAUACAUAUUUCUAAAAGUUUAUCUAUGUCUAUCUGCUAAGAAACCUGGCAGGCUUUAUACUGAAAUUAGAUCCGAAUGUUUUGGUAAAGAAAUUCUAUAAAUUGCGUUACCUAAUGGCAUUCUUGAGAACAAAUGGAAGGCAUUUGAAUAUAAACAAUAUUUUCCCAAUCAAGGGUGGGGUGGGUACAGAAUGACACAGCACAUUAACUCGGUUACAUCAAUAUUAAGGCAGAACUAAUGGAGACAAGUGUGGUGGCUAAAAAUAGCUCUAUGUUCAACUGAAAAAUGGGCCAAGACAUAGGCUAUCAUAUCACACGCUGCAUACCUUAUUUAUAUUCUACUUUUCUACCUUGUGAUUUCAGCGAACAAUUUAUUUGAAAUUUUUUGCAUAUUUUUGUUUGCAGUCUCUAAACUCAGAUGAGAGUGAAGCAUCAAUUCUUAAGAACUUAGCUGCUUAUGAAGAGGUAAUUAAGACUUCAUGAAAUGUCAUUUUACAAAAUAAUUGUAUGAAAAAAUUGUAAGGCAAUAAAAAUGUUUAUUAUUUUGGAUUAAAUUUUUGUUAAAUGCUUAUUUUGAUAAAUUUUUCACAGAUAUACAUUUACAAUGAAAUGAGAUAAAUAUUUUGACUGAGUGGUAACUAACUAAAAAAUGAUUUCAAUAAAACUAAUUGCAACCAGAUGCUUUUUAAUUUUCUGUUAAAAUUUUUUUUUUUUCAUUUGUGACAAAACCAUUUUUUGCAAUUUUAAUGUAUUUGUGCCACAUAUUAUAUAAUCUAUUUAAGAUUUGGGAGACUAAUUCAAAUUGACAGAAACACACAAAUCUUGUAUAGUGGAAGAAUCAAUAAUAUUAUGCUUACAUGUAGAAAAUACAUCUAACAUUCCGUCGGUGCAUCUGAUCAGAUUGAUACAAGCCAAUUAUUUUUGUUUUUCACAUGUGUAUAAGAGAUGCCAGCAAGCUCGGCUUAUCUGUAGUUUAAUGUUUUCCUUUCCUGUAUAAGCUAAGACCUUUAAGUGUGCAAAAAAACGCUUUUAGAGUGCUGAUGUUGGCAGGUUUUUUUUCAAAUUGAUACACCAUGCCUUCGCAUGUCUCUUUGUUUUUUGCUCUGGUAAGUUACUUUAUUCAUAUUAGUAUAUAUAUUGAUAUAAUUAUAAUAUUUAAGUUUAAUGAUGUCUGUGGGCCUUUUAAUUGUAAAUAUCAAAUUGAUGCAUUGCACACAAACAAGAUAUUUAUACUUAUAUAUUUCAGGUUACUUCUGCUGUUUAACAUGGCAGGUUGAAGGAAAAUGUUUGAUCUUAAGUAUCUCAAGAAUGUGAAGGAAAAUUUUUAAAUACUUACCCGGUAUUGAAUAUGAAGAAGGAGAAGAAGAUUUUCAAAUAGAGAUUGAUAAAGAAUCCAAAGAAGACAAGGAUGAUAAUGAUGAUGUAGAAGAUACUAUUGACAAUGAUAUUUUUAAAAAUUGGAAAAUACAGAGAAGAAAAAUGGAAUAGCAAUCAACUGUGAUGGUUUUAGGCUGGACCUUGUAAAAUUCUUCCACCGUAAGGCUGCCUUUGUAAAAUAAUAACCCACCUUCCCUCAGUUUUGCCCUUGCAGUAGUAUACCCGAGUUAUUUCCCUUGUUGUUAUCGCAUUCCUACGCCAGACAGCUCACGCAAAGGCGUGAUUUUGCAUUCUCCCCUUCACGCCGAUAAACUUUGAGGGUAGAAGGUCGAAAUCGCAAUAUUAAAAGUGAUGGUCAUUGGAUGGGAGAACAAACAACAUUUAAACCACCCAAAUGAAUCAUCACCCAACUCAAAUAAAUAGCCAGAACAAAGUAGGAUCUGUCUUUUAUUGUCUUAUCACUUGACUGUGAAUGCUGGAGAUAACUACACUUGAGACUUCAUAGCGUGAUCAUUAACAUGGACCGCAACCUAGACUACUAGUAAGUACGCAACAAUGAUUUUGAUAUUAUAUUUUUGCACUUGUAAUAUGCAUAAAAUUAUGUAGCAAGGAUUCGAGCGUGAUUGAUAUUAUGUAUUCUAAUAUUGCCUUUGCCACGGGCUACGACACACCGCCAUCCCAUCAUAGAGAUGGUAGGUUGUUGUUCAACUCACCCAUGUCUCUUUUAACAAAAUGAUAAUAUGAAUAUUAUGUUCCUAUAUUUUUAACGGUUGUUAAUGAUAAUUAAAAUGUUUGCCUAGUCCAACAUUGUCGCGAAGCAACGUAUGCUUAUUCCGACAAUGACAAGACUUAUAAAUCUAUCCACAAAUUGGAUGUAUAUGUACAGCCUAUGUCAGCCUCCAUACAUUGAUCUGAAUUCGUUACUGUUGGAAUGGGACUUGUCAGCUUACGACUAUUUGCCUAGAUACUUAGAUACCUAUUUUGUAUCAUUUUGCCUUUAGCCUGGUUAUUAUUACUGGACCGACUUACCUUGAAGCUGGAACUAGGGGAUUGAUUUACAUCUUACACCAAACUACCUAUGGCCACUAGAAGGACCUCGAGAUCCAGGAACUCUUACCACCCACGAUUUAUUGCUGGAUAGUCAACUUCCUAUCGCAGAGAUCCCAUGGAUUCUACGACCGGUAACUCCGACUUCGCUCCGAUUGGAAAGCUCCGAAGACCGGAACAGGGGAUAUCCUUCUGGAACAGAAGGAACUCCCACACAUUUUGAUCCACUGAGAUCAUCAGUGAAACUAUAAAGGCUAAGUCCACAAAUAUUGAACAUAAAACAUUGAGCAAUAUAGCAUUAAUAAUGAUGACACUGUCAGUAUGUUAGGGACACUUGUAUUUCAUUUAUAUACAUCUAUAAUUGUCUGAUGUCCAUUUGGUUUAUAUAUUAAUCACCAAGAGUGUAUUACGAGGAAAAUUGUAAACAACCUUAUUCAAUAAAUACUUGUAAUUAUUUUCUCCUUUAACAAAAACUUUGUUUCAGUCUAUAUGUAUAGGUUGUUAUGUCUGAGUGGUAAUUUGGCUUACUUAACGAAUCCCUAGACAGAGUGCCAAGAGGAGAUCUCAUACGAGAGAUACCCCUCACUAGAAAAACCUAAGUCAGAUCACCACAUCAACUUUCAAAAAAAUUGAAAUUUCAUUCAAAAACUUUCAUGAUAUAUAGGCCUUGCAAAAAUAGCACACACCGAUCUUGAAUCUUUGUUUUUACAAAUUAAUAUAUUGAAAGCAUCAAAACAGGAAUUUCUGCAAAAGAGAAAUGUGAGUCCAAUUGUAAAAUGCAGGGAGAAAAGUACAUUUCUAGCAUGAUUGUUAUAAUGGCCCAAAUUAUUCAUUGUGGAAUUUUAUACAACUAUUGUGAGGAGAAAAGUGUUUUCAAAGAAAUUAUCCUAUGAAUUAGUGCUGCCUCACUUACUUGAAUUUAUAAUCUUCAUAUUUUAUUUUCAUGUUAUAUCUUUACUUUUAUGAAUGUGUAACCUUCAUUUCAUUUUUUUCUCAAAAUUAUGUAACCAUUAUUUAAUAAAAUACUAAUGUCUAAUAUAAAUUUGUGCGUUGUCAACUUAAUUUUUCAUUUUAUAUUGUUUGCUGAUUAUCUUAUUUAAAAUAUAAAUUAUUUUAAAAUAUUCCAAUAAAAUUUACUUAUUUAACCAGUUACACAAUAUCAGUUUGAUAUAUCAGCCCUGUCUGGUUUGGAACAGAGCUAGCUCGCUUGAAGGUUAACUACCAAUAUUGAUAGUUAUCUCUAACCAAAUAUAAAGGUGCAAAGUAGUAGAGCCUUAUCUAUAAUGUUAAAUGAAGUUUUGUUAUUUAUUGUGGUGUCCUGACUAUGUAAUUAUUAAAAUCUUGAACAGCAAAGUUGGCCUUCAUGCUUCACAUGCCAGUCUUAUGAUGAUGAUAAUCGAAAUCAGUCUGUAUUGUUGCAAAGUAUAAAUAAAGUCCUUGUUCGCCUGCUCGGUGAUGAAUCUUUUGAUUUUUAUACAGGUAGACCUUUGACUAUUUUUAUUCUGAUAGGAAAAAAAUAUUUUAUUCUCUAAUAAUUAUAAACAAUAAUAAUUGUAUUUUUAUUAUUUAUUAUAAUUUUUUUUAUAAAUAAAGAUAAUAAUUUAUUGAUAUGAAUGUGAUAAAACUAGCUAAGUUGAAAAAAAAUGAUAUUUAUAACCCAACCUUAGUAAUUAGAAUCAGAGGAAUAAAAUUAAUAAAUUUUAGUUAAUACAGAAUCAGUUGGAAUGUAAUCUUUUUAAGAGGAAACGCCACAUUUGAUUUUAAAAAAGUGUUGACUUUUAAAAUAAAUAUGUUUUUAAAAUAUUUUUUUACCCUCUAGACGAAAAAUAUUUGGUGAAAUUUAAGGGACAGCAGGGGUCGGAAAUCACCGAAGGCUGUCAAACUAAAAAUGAAGCAUCACUAAUUGUAAAAAAAUGUAAGUAUCACAUUUAUUUAAAAUACUGAGAAUUGAGAAAACACCUUCUUAUUAAUGAGUCACUAUAUAUUUUAAACAUAAUAUUUUUGGAGAGCGAAUAUGUGUUAUUUAUGUCAUUGUGUGGUCUGUAAUAGAGCUGUCAAAGCUGGCAAACAGAAAAAAAAUCAAUAAAAAUGGAAUUUUUUAAAAGAUAAUUUUAUCAUCUGCCUUAUUAUUUCCUUACAAAUUUACAAACUAAACAUAAAUUGUUCAUGAAUAAGAUGUUCAAACAAAUAAAUACUUUUUAUGACUAAUAAAUAUUAUCAGAGUUUUAUUAUGUCUCUAAUUAAUAAAACAUUAAAACAAAUUUUAUUUUAUAACCUCUGCAAAAUUAUUAUAAAAUAUAUAUACCUUAAAUUCUACCAUAGCAAAAAUCUAAUAUGAAAUAUUAAUAAUUAAAUCUAUGCUAGGACAAUAAAAAGUUAAUGUUUUAUAUACCGGUACAGUGGUUAACAAUAUUAUGAAAAAUAUACCUGUAGCCUAAAAUGUUCUGGUUUUAACCUGCUGACUAAAUGUUUAUAUUAUGUAUCAUACUUUCACCUUAAAAAUUAUUUAUUUAUACCCUGCUUUCUAAAUUAGAAAUGAUUUAACUAUGCUAAUCACUUAAAUUUAUAAGAGUUUGUUAGUGUGUAUGGUAUCUUAGUUUUACUUUAAAUGCAUGCUGUUCAUAAAGAGAGGUUAAGGAUAGAUUCCUAGUCCUUUGCACCUAAUGUUACUUCUACUUUAAGUGUGUUUUCAGUACAUUAGUAUUAUUGUGAUGAAAGCCCUGAAUAAAAUACUGGUUCAGUGUAAACACAUUGUUUAAUGUAAACAUCUAUAGUUAUUUUAAUCAAAAUACAGUUGUUUUUAUCAUUGUGCAAGGUGUACAUUUUAGAAAGUGGUCAAAUGUUCUGCAUGAGUGAGUUACCAGUAUUAUUAUAAUUAAAAGUAUAUCUCUGCAUGUAAUGAUAAGUAAGCAAAUGCUCUCUUAUUUCAGCUAAUUCUAAAGGUAUUAUUUUAAUUAAAAAUGCUACCAUUUGCUGCUUUGUAAAUAGCAAUUUAUGUUGUAAGUUUUAAGAAAAGGUAUACUACAUUAUUUUAUGCGUUAUAUGUAUGUGAUGUGUUUUCUGAGUAGCAAAAAAAAAUGUUUUAAAUAUUGUUGUUUUUUAUAUAUAUAAAACAAUCUUUAAAACAGUUUUACGAUAUUUUUUGGGAUUCUUGAAUAGCUUUCAUUGGAACUUUGAUUCAAAAUGUAAUUAAUGAGGUAGAUAAGCAAAACCCACCCAGAUAUUUAAAAUGGUUCAUAGAGUAUUAGGCAUUUGUUCUAGACAACCAUUGGUAACCACCAAUAUUAUUUUGUAAAUUCUCAGUAAUAAUAAGAAGACUAAUGCUUAAUUAUUUUCAUAGGUAUAGUCUUAUUCUUUUCUUACUAGAUUUUUUGAAUUCAUGAUUGUGUGUUUUUCUAUUUCAAAUAAUUUUGUAUUUCCAAAAUUUAAAAUCUUGGUCUAAUGCCUACUAUGAACAUUAAGUUGUCUUCUUAGAUGUGAAGUGCUAGUUUUUUCACUUCUCUUUGGGAAACUAAUAACAUAUUAUUUGAAGAAAAACAAAUACAUAUUUCUUGUUAUUGCAUUAUUUUUAUGUCUCUAUCAAUCUCAGACAUCCAAAAUUUGUAUUAUUUUGAAAAUCCUAGCAAGAUAUCUAGACUUACAACAUGGGAAUUGAAUUGGAAAAAUUGAUUCAAUUUGUUUCAGUCUCUUAAAUUUUAAAGGAAAAAAAAACUUUUUUGAAAAAAGUUUGUAGAGCACCACUAUUUAUUUCAUUAAAUUUACAGUAGUUUGAGUAGUAAUCUUUUAAUAAUUUUUUUUUUAAAACAUUAGUCUAAUUAUAUAAAAACUUAGAUAUGGCUUGUGAACCCACACUAAGCUGUUAGACAAAACUAAGUUUUAUUGUGAAUGAUUAGUGCGUGCACUGGUUUAAUUUGUUAAGAACAUACUUAUUUUUUUUAAACGUGACCAAAAAUUAAAAAUUUUUCAGAAUCUGAAGCAGCUUCUUCAAAACAAAAUAAAAGCAAAAGAGAUCUGACAGAUUACCCAGAGAGAGACCUUUUCAUCUUUGCAUGUUUUUUUAACAGACAAAAAAUGGCAGAUUUAUUUCUAAACUUAGGUGUUGAUCAAAUUGGUAAUAUAAUUUUGUACUUUUGAAUAUUUACAAUCAUUUGUUGAACAAAUAGUUAAAUUCAAAAUAAUUGUUCAAUUUAUUAUAUUUCCUUAAAAUUUAAAAAAAAAAUUUUUUAAAGAAACUUUUCAUCCUCAAAUUUACACCAUUUUUUUUUCAGGAUGAUUUGUCAAUAUCAUUUUAAAAGACAAAUGUAUUCCUUCAAAAUUAUAUGACUCUUAAUUACUGUAUCACAUUUGCACAAUUUAUUGCACAUAAAAACUCAUUAAAAUAAUUAAGCUUUUUUUUUAAAACAUUUAUUUAUUUCAAGCAAAAUAAUUUUAUGUUUGACCUAAAGGUUUGGAGGAUGAAUGGAAGAAAAAAACAAAUAUAUUUAAAAAAAAAAAAAAAUUCUCCCUGAAAAAAAUAAACAAUAUAAAUUUUCUUUCUAUAUUUACAUUUUAAAACCAGGCACAUCAUUGUUGGGAUGCUCCCUUCUAAAGGCACUGUCAGUUAAAGCUGAGUCUUAUGAGGAAACUGCCCUCAGCAAUAGCUUUCUGGUUCAUUCACAGUAAGAAAAUUGUUCUUUUAUCCUUUAAAUACACGUACUCACAUAAAUAAAUUACAUCAACUUGAAAAAGAUUGUAUCAUUUGCCUAGAAUAUUUUCAAAUCAUGUGUUAUAAAAACUUUCUUUAAAAUUUCUGAUAUCAAAAUUUUAUAUUUCUCAGAAUAUUAGAGAACUUUGCUAUCUCUGUUCUAAAUGAGUGCUACAUGCGCAGCAAACUUGAUGCUCACACUCUGCUGUACCGUGACAUGAAGCAGUUGGGAAAUAUUCCUAUUCUGGCGUUAGCAGAGAGGCAACAACUGAUGGACUUUGCUGAGCAUCCAGCUUGUCAAACCAAACUAACAAGUAUAUGGAAAAGUGAUAUCUCCCCACGGACUUCACAAUUAAUGGUAACUAAAUACCAGAAGUUGUUCCAAAUCAAAAUAGAUAUUACCUUAUCUGUCAUCUCAUAGGAUAAUUUUUCCAUUCAUUAUUGACUUCUCAUAGUAUAUGGAAAGGUGAUAUCUCAACCCGGAUUUCACAGUUAUGGGUAACCUAAUCAUUAGUUAUGUUAUUAUUAGUAUCAUAAUAUUUACUUUGAUUACUUACAAGUUCUAAAAUUAUACUUGUGCCCCAAGUAAAUAAUUACCAUAGUUGUCAACUCAUACAAAAAAAUCUUCCAUUUAAUUAUGAUUCUUUAGUGAACCCUACAGCAAAAUAACUUUUCAUAUUAUUUAAUUCUUUAAAAAAAUAAUGAAAAUCCUUCACAAAUUAGAUCAACCACAAUAAUUUUUCUUCAACCUAAGCUCUAGUACAUUUGAUAACUGCUAUAGCUGAAGUAUAAGUGAAAAUGAUUUAAUUAAAUUGACAGUAGAAAAUAUUUUUAAUCAUGAAAUAUCUCCAAAAAUAUUAAAAAUGCAAUUCUGUUGUUUUGCAUGGGAUACUGUGGUUACUGUUGUUCCUCUGUCCCCUCAUUGCAACAAAUUCUCUUAAUUUAUAGAUGUAGCUUUUCCAUGUCCUGAAAAUAAAGACUACUCAUAAAUUUUAUUGUAUGGACAAAGCACAUCUCUUUUAAUAUUAUUCCUUCAACAAAUAAAAUUCAUGUCAACAGAUCCUCUUGACAAGUGUCCUGCCUUUCCUUAUUAUGUUCAUGAAGUUUAAUGUACCUGACCACAAGUCUGCAAAAUCAAACCAAGUUGAGGAUGAUGGAUCAACAGGUCAGACAAGUUCCAAGAAACCUCAUAAAGAAUUAUCAAAGUUCACAAAGCUGAGAGAAGUCAGGGUUGGCUGUUCUGGAGAGAACAGACUUAAUGUUUUUAGGGCCCUAUAUAAUUUUUAUUCAGCCCCGGUGACAAAAUUUACAACUAAUAUAGUGAGUUUCUUUUUAAAUAUUGAAUUAAAUUAAUUGAAAAGCUCUAUUCUAUGGUUCAUAAGAUUUUAUUACUUUCUUGAGAAUUUAUAAUCUUAUAAAAGUUUAUGAUCAUGCAUAGAGUAUUGCUAGAAAAGUUUGUACACUUCAUUAUAAAUUUGGAACAUAAAAGUAACAGAAGUGAAUAGUCUCAUUAUUGGCAAGAUUGUUUUUUUUUGUAGUUCAUGUUUCUUUGUUGGUUUUUUAAAAAGAUUUUUAUAUUUUAUUUCAUUUGUUUCUUUUAAAGGUUGGGGGAUGUCUUUUGGAUAUUUUUGGUAUGGGAUGUGUUUGGGAUGUUUUUUGAUGAGUUUGGGAUAUAUAUAGUGUGUGGUCAUGAGUUUGGGAUGUUUUUGGGGAUAUUAUGUGUUGCGAUGUGAUUGCUUAAUACGUAGUUGUUAAACUUGCUACCGGUACUAGUAAAUUUGAAGAAAGAAAGCACUCUCUCAAUUUUCAUUUUAAUGUUAUUGCUAUUUUUUUGAGGUUAGUCCACCUUAUUACUAAUUGUAUUUCUACGCCAACACAUUUCUAACUCCUUUGCCACCACCCCCUCGGCAAACAAGUGAGAUAUUUAAAGUCUAUGACUACACCACCACCAAACUUAAGCAAAUUACAUACUGCUUCCAAGGAUAAAAACAAAGAAGAAAAUAGGCAAAGAUAUUAAGCUCAGUGGCAUAGCUAAUGUUAAUGCCACCCGUGCUGCCUCCCUUUCAUGACAAAACACCUCACUGAAUUUGGUUGAAAACGCCUCCUGGAGCACUCCCCUUCCUUCGCCACUGAUCAUAUUUGUAAUAACGUUUAGUUUCAAGAUAUUUAAAGUUGAUAGACAUGAUUAAAAACUACAAUACAAGACCUAUAACGAGACAGAUUAACUGGCUCUAGCAAAUUUCUCUCAGUAAUCUUAUUGCAUUUAUUAGGGUUGACAUUAAUUGAAAAUUUUUGUAGGCUCUUAACUGGCCACAAUGCUUUCAAUUCCACAUUAUUAUGAGCAACUUUUAAUAUUUCUUUCUGGAAUCUUUUUGACAGAUGGCUUACAUAAUCUUGUUGGGACUGUUCAGCUACUUUCUUCUGACCAAUAUCCAGCCAGUGGGUGAACCAAACUCUCCAUCAGUUAUUGAAUAUAUUGUAUGGGCCUGGUUUGCCACAAUGUUUCUGGAGGAAAUCCGUCAGGUAUAGUUUGAGUAAUGAACGGAGAAUAUAAUAAUUACCAUUUAAUAUUUAUUCAAUCCCUCAAGACCUGAAGCAGUGCUAAGUGAAGUAUUUUUAAGUGAAAAAGAAGAUUAAAGAGUGAUAAGCUAUAUUUUAAUAUUCUGUAAAAUUUAAUUUACAUCAGGGGUCUCAAACUCAAAUCAUCCAGGGGCCGCAAGAGGUAGAUUCUGAGUGAGACUGGGCCGCAUCAAGUUAAAAAAAAAGUGAUUGCAAAUUCAAUAAUGUACACCUGUUACAGUCUGCUCAACCUUUAUUAAUGACAAAAUAAAACAUUAAGGGUUCUCAAGAACUUGGCUUCACUUUCUUACUCCUACUGCUCGUUGCCAGAGACCUGACAGCACUUCUUCUUACACAGCUGAGUAACUUUGGCUUGAGUGAAGAAGCAAAUGAGACCCUCAGUAUAGCUUGAAGAUGCUCAUCAGUAGGUUUGGCCCUGAACUUUGACUUCUUCAAUUUCAUAGUGGAAAAGAGCUUUUCACACAGAUAGAAACUCCCAUAAAAGGCACAUGAUCCGCUUGAACAACCUGGAAAUCUCAGGGAAGUCUGAGGACAAUGCUCUCAUAAAUUAUCCUUGCUUUUCUGUUUUUCCAUUCACCUCCCUGAACUUAGAAUUGCACUGAAGAUCAAUUAGCUCCAUUUGAAGUGCAAGUAAGGGGAGGGGGUGGGGUUGCUUCUUCCAAAUUGAAGGAGAAAUGGUCAGCAAAAAGUUAAAAAGUUGCUCUGUCUGUUUUGAAGUAAAAAACAAUGUCAUCAAAGUAUUCCUGUAGAUGUGCAAUGGCAUCAUUAUAGUCAUUACUGAAUGGUGUGCCCAUAUUCAUGAGUACUUUUCAUUUUGGGAAAUGGCAGAGGUUUCUCUAAGAAUCAUAACACAAGUUUUAUGCAGAAUGCCCUGACAUCAUAAGCAACACUGACAAGUUGCCCCUGUUCUUGUAACUUCUUGUUGUGUACAUUCAGCUCCUGUGUAAGGUCAACACAAAAAGCCAAGUCCAUGAGCCAUUUGGGAUCACUUAGUACAAGAAAAACUACCCCAACUCGCAGGCCGCAUUACACUAAAUUUUGCUGUCAUGUAGCAGGCUGUAAAAUAAUGUCUUGUGGGCCGCAAAUGCCUCACGGGCUGCGAGUUUGAGACCCCUGAUUUACAUGAAUGGUAUUUGUUAUUCUGAUGUACCAAAUUGUGAAGAUUUUUGAGAAGUGAACAAGAGCUAAAGUUGAACCCUUCUUAGAAAUGCCAAGUUUGGCUUUAGAAAAUUCUUUGCUAUCUUCCAAAUGUGUGAAAAAGCUUGUGAAUAUCAACGACAGAUUAAUCUGGUUUUUGUCGAGGUGGAAAAAGCUUUUUACAAUAUUAUGAAAUAUGCUGGAAACUUACAGAUUACAAGUACAGCUCCUCUUUAACAUCAGGGCACUAAAUACAAGAAGUCUCAGUGCUUUGUGUACUUUGUGUAGACUCUCUGACUGGUUGGAAGUAAAAUCUAGAGUCUAACAGGGGUGCACUGUGUUAUCUUUGCUGUUCAUUAUAUAUGUAGACAUAAUUACAAAGGAUGCCACUCUAUUUCUUGAGGCACUCAAUGAAUUGCUAUGACAGAUUACCAAUGAAAAAAACCUGCCAUUGUUAUGGAAUAAAAAUAAGCAAAUCUAAGAUCAAAAUCAGUUGGCCGUAACCAAGAAAAAGUGUACAUAAUUAUUGAUGGUCAGCUGCUCCAUCAAACCCAAGAGGUUUGGGAAGUGUUUGGACUGAGCAUGUUAAAAUGGAUUACGAGAAAGAGAUAAGAAUGCAGAAGCAAAUGCAGUCAGCUACCGAAUUUUCUUGCUACUAAGAUACCCAAGAAUGGUGAGCAAAGCAAGGCUAAUUAAUACUGCCUUUAGUCAAAUUGCAACCUUUACUGACCAGUAUCAAAUAUUUGCUCUGAAAAAAAGUCUUGAGAGAAAUUAUAUUCACCUGUCAGACGAGAUAUUUAAGCCAAGCAGCUGGUAAAACAAGAGGGACCAGAUAAGGAACCAGGAAGUAAGACAAUAUUGGUGCUAACCCACCCCAGUCAGCCAGUAUAUGGCCCAACAAAAAACUAAUUAUGGUUUGUCCAAAUGAUUAGAAUGCCUGUCAACCAACCUGCAUUGUAAUUGUACAAUAGCAGGCACUAUGGUUUCAGGGCCAGAGGAAGACCAUGCUGUCAGUAGAUUGAUUGUGUUAAGGACCGGUACCCUAAAAAUCUGCAACAUGAACCUCCAGCAGGCCUCACAGCUUGCAAGAAUCCAUCAACUAUAUUGCCCAUAAUGCCUCCCCAGUGAAAGCUUGCAGAAGAAGUUGUACUAAUGAAGGCAUUGGCCAAAAGUUUAACAUUUUUGUUUUCAAAUAAUAAAAGCUUACAUAAUAUACUGUUUUAUUUAAACAAAUUUUUUGCAUCUCAUUAAUCUAAUGUAAUGAAACGUGGUUUUAUGCUGCAGACCUGUUCACCCUCAAACUUUUAAAAUCGUACAAUUUCAUCACAAAAUCUUUCCAUACAUUAUAUUUAUAGUAAAAAAUAAACAUACAGUAUAUACAAUCUAUACAUCUCAAAAUCGUAGAUUGUAUGCCAAAAUCGUAAGAGUAAACAGGUCUGAUGCUGUAAUAAUUUUUCCAGAAAAAUUCUUUACUGAAUGUAAUUGAUAUAAACAUUUGUAAAAUCCUAGUACAAUAUGUUUUCUUUAAUAUGUCAGGUAACAAGUACACAUCAGCGCUCCAUCACGUACAAAUUGUCAAGUUGGUUUGGUGAUUUUUGGAACCGUUUUGAUCUACUUACCUUCAUAUGCCUGGUCAUCUCCAUCAUUAUGCGCUAUCAACUGGAAAUGGACAAAUUUGUGUAUACACGGGUUGUGUAUUCCAUCACACUACUUUUGACCUACUUGAGAUUUAUGCAGUUCCACUUUGCACAGCCAGACAUUGGGCCUAAAGUUAUUAUGAUUAGAAGGAUGGUAAGACUCAUAGAUUUUUAACAGUAUAUUUUAUCUUGUUAACCAUCCAAGAUGUUCUUUACACCAGAACAAUUUGACACACUACUUCAGUCAUCUGUCUAAUUUUGAGUUCGAUUUUUUUUUACUUUUACAAACAUAGAUGGGAUCCUGCUCACAUUUUUUCCGAACAAAUGCUAAAAAUUUGGGGAAUUAAUUAGAAUUAGACCAUUGGAAUUGUGAUCUGCAAUUGAAUUUUUUUCUCAGUUUAACCUGUUUUCAAUGUGGUUGGUUGGGGGUAGGGGAAGUUAUUUAAUAUUUUUUUUGUUGAAGAUUUCACAAUAUGUUUAGUUUCACUAAAAAAUCUUUGGUAUUAUUCCUUACACUACAUAUAUUUAAUUAUUUUUUUAAAUUACAGUGAUCACUAGAGCUUAAGAUAUAUUAUUUAUCACUACUGACUCGUUAAUUCUCAAAUUAAUUAUUCUCUGAUUUUUCUUGCUCAGUAUGCUGAUGCAGGCUUUUAGCCAAAAUGUCACAAUAUUGUCCUUUUCUUCUUCUUCUUCUUCUUCUUCUAUAUCUUAAGGGCCCACGAUCAAUUUAUUGAUCAUUUUGGCUCCUAUGCAUGUAGAUGGGAUUUGCAAUGUUUCUGUUACUGGUGGUGAUGAGGAAAUUAUGCACUAGGGGUUUGAAGGCUUGAGGCAAUAGACACAAAUGUGUCUAGUGUUGUCGCCUCAACUGUUCCUUUUGAAAGAUGGUUCCAGUCCCUGAUUGUCUUGGGCAGGAAUGAGCAGCUCCUAUACUGGCUUCUUGCUGGUAUGAGCCUGAAUUGCCUGUCAUGGCCUCGUCGCUGUCUAUGGGGGAGAGGGACGAGUUUCUGUUUAAUACUGGAACAGUGGACCAGCCCAUUAUUUAUCUUGUACAUCAUGGAGAGCCUGGAUUGUCGUCGUCGUUUCUCCAAUGGUGACCAGCCUAGUGUUUCUAGCAUGCUGCCAACACUAGAGGUAUUCCUGUAGCGGUUUAGGACAAAGCGUGCUGCUCGUCGCUGGACCGCCUCCAACCUGUCAAUGCUCUUCUGGGUAAAUGGGUCCCAGACUGAAGAUGCAUAAUCUAAAAUCUUUGUUUUCAAGCUUUCACAUAUCUUUUUCUACUUUUCCCUUCACACAACUUGAAUGCAGUCCCUUAAAUGUUAUGUUUAUAUUAAUUGCCAUCUCACAUCUAGAAGAUUUAGGUUUGAAUUUUUAGAAAUUUGUAGAAUGUUUGGAGAAGCCUUGAAAAAUCUGGAGGAGUUCAUUAUUUAACUGGUAUAAUUUCCUUUAUUUUUUUAAAGAUUUUGAGUAUAGUAAUAGCUUAGCUUCCAAGCUAAAAAUAUUAUUUUGUUUGGCUCUUAAACAUCUCAGAAUUAAUAAGGAAAAAUUGCCUCACCAAUAAAUCUGUUCCUGCAACAUAUGUUCAGUCACAGAAUUUACAUUAUUUAAUGUAAAGUAAUGAAUAAUAUCAUUUUUUCUUCACAGCUGACAGAUCUGUCAUUGUUCUUCUUCAUCCUUUUGGUGUUUGUGUUGGGCUUUGGUGUUGCCUAUCACAUCAACAUGUUUCCAAAUCAACCCUUGAGUUGGUCAAUUCUUUACACAGUCUUCCUGUUCCCAUACUUCCAAAUCUUUGGAGAGCUUUUUUUGGAUGAACUUGGGGGUAAUAAAUAAACUCCUAAUAUAAUGUUAAAUAUUAAAUUAUUGUUUUUACUACUUAAAUAUUGUUACUACUUAUCUUGUAUGUUUAAUAUUUCUAUAGGCCUAUUUAUUUUGUAUUUAAGCUUAAUUUUGUUUGAACUUUUGAAGUACCUGCAAUAGAAAUAAAAACCUUCAAAACCUUUGCUUUAUUCCCUCUAAUUGCAACUUUAGAACGUUGUUAUUAAAAUUGUUUUAGUUUUGCUACACUACUAUGUUUGGGCAAAAAAAUCAUUUUAGAACUGAACAAUAAAUGAAUUAAUUAGCAUUAUGAUAUGAAAAGAGAUAUAAAAUCCUCUAAACUGAAUUGAAUUUAGCAAAUUUAUUUUCAUAGUACAAUACCUAGUAAUAUAGCUAACCAAAAUUUAUCAACAUAGAUUGAAUGAAAUUAAACAAAUUUCAACAAAAUAAUUUCAAAUAGGUGCAAUAACGUGAUUGUGUCAGAAAUUAUUGUAUUUAUAAAUUAUUGAGUCAUUAAAUGUAAUGGUAUAAUUUAUAAAUCUUAAAAAUAUUUGUUCCCCAAAAAUCAAAAUGUUAUUUCACAAGAUGGUUUAACUUAUAGGUCAUUUGUCCUCUUUAAUCUUUAGGAAAGAUAGAAGAUGGUGAUGGAUGUACUAAAAAUCAAACAAUUUGGUUAGAAGACCCAUCACAACGAUGCCCUGAAAAAAAUGCCAUUGUGUAUAUCUUCUUAGCAGUUUACUUGGUGCUAACAAACAUCUUACUAAUUAACCUACUUAUUGCCAUGUUCAGGUAAUGUAAUUGACACUUGAUUUUAGGUUUUCUCAUUGUUUGCUUUUUUAAUGUCACUGUUAAUACUGUUAUUUUAUCAACUUUGCUCCCCUUUAAAUGUUUAUGUGUUUUAAUAUUUUUUUCUGAAUGAUAAAGCAAUUUCUCCUCACAAUGUUAUCAUAGGGUCAUAACAAUUAAAAUGUUUAACUGCACACAUUGCUUUGUUAAAGCUUAGUUUUUAAAUUAACCCAAAUAUAAAACCAUCUAUUUUAGGAAAUUAAGUUUUAAUUUGAAUUGAACAAAAGCGUAAAUGAUAUAAUUUUAUUAUAAUUUAUUGAUUAGUAAUCAUUAUUAUAGUAUAUUUGAAAGUUACUAAAUUAUAAUUCAUUUUCAACUAAAUCUUCUUGAUUUCCCAAGGAAUGUUAUUUUAUUGAUGUCUCUCCUGUAAAAAUAUCUCAGUUACACUUUCCAAAAAGUAAACUCAACAAAAGUCUGGCGUUUUUAUCGCAUCUCUCUUGUGUAUGAGUAUUUUCAUCGCCCAUCAUUGGUUCCACCCAUCAUAAUAAUCAACCUGAUUUGGAGAAUGAUGAGCUUCAUUUUUGAGUGGAAAUAUGGAACUCAUAUAAAAUUUGGUAAUGUAUAGAAAGUUUAUAUUUUACUAAUUAAAUUUAUCUGAAAUAUUGUGACUAUUUAUGGCUCUCAAAAUGCAUUAGUGAUGUGAGAGAAGCACAUUUAAAUAAAAAAAUCCAAACUUUUAUGAAAUUUAGAAGUCAUAUUUUAAUUUUGCUUAAUCAAGAUAUUGUAUUGAAAUUGAAAAGCUGUUGUGAUAAAAUAACCUUGUAUCUUCAGUUAUAGAAUUUAUUUGAACUUCCUUUUUUUAACAUUCUGAGUUUAUGACAUAAGUUACAGACUACAGUUAAUUUUGAGUUUAUUCCACAAGCUGUAACUUAAAUUGUAAGACUCCAGUUAAUUUUGCACAGCAGAAUUUUAAUCCCACACUGACUUUCUUCUGACUUCUGUAGUUAAGAUUUUUUGUGUAGGGCUUACCUUACCUCCUCCACAAAAAUUGGCUACAUUACAGACCCAGAAACAACUUAAAACCUGCUACUAACUUUUCAAUGUAACCAUUGUACCACAGGGCAAACGAACUUGUUAAUUGAUGUCAUUAAAAGCUGUAUCAUCACAGUAAAUGAAAGUAUUCAAGGAAACUAAAUUAUAUCAUAUGAUUCAACACUCUUAUUAUUUCAUAACUUAUAAUUCUGUUUUUCCUCUUAGGUGUGACUCUUGACGCUGAUAAUAACCAAAGACUGAGGUUAUUUGAGAAGUCUGCAGUGGAUGCCCAUCUUGCCCAGUCAUCUAAAAAAGAGAGAAAACUCUUGGACUUUAGAGCGGCAUCAAUAUCAGACAGGUUGGUUAAUGUUAGAUAACUAAGACUUAGAUGACAUGUUUCAUUCCUUGCCCACAUAAUGCACUAACAUUAUGUCAAUUCAUCCAUCCAUCCGUCCUUGUAGCGCUACAGCCCAUGUAGGGCUUUGGCCUGCCUCACCACUUCCUUCCACUCAGACCUAACUAAUGCCUUUCUUUUCCAUGCUUGGACUUUCAGCUGCUGUAGAUCUUUUUCUACAUCAUCUAUCCACCUAAGCCUAGGUCUGCCUUUGAGCCUUUUUCCUCUGGGGUAUUGGUGAUGCACCCUCUUCGUUCCUCUGUCAUUUGGGAUUCUCGCUGUCAAUCCAAAUGUGCUUAUUUAAUUUUUUUUGCUGGCAUCCGUCCAUCACAAUGUGACAAUGGUGUAGAUUUCGCAGGAUGAAAUCAACAAGGCCUGGGAUUAUUAUUUGUUAGGAUUAUAAACUAGAUAACCCAAGGGAACAUCAUGUGGUUGAUACGGCUUGGCACCACCAUCAUUGCAGGAAUAUUUCAUUGUACCAAUGUUAUUCCCCUACGGGGCUCCAUCUCCGAGUUUCCUUCUCAUAGAUGAGUUGCCAUCAAAGGUUAACGGGUCUCAUCUACCCGCUGUGAUGUUUUUGCUUGACUGGGCUUUUUGUGGGGAUUGAACUCCAGACCACAAACUUGAGAUUGACUCAGUCUAGACCACUCGGCCACCCAGCACCCAAAUGGGUAUAGUAGGCUUAAAAUUAAAAGAACUGUUAUAUUUCUUCACAGGUUGGAAUUGGUGAUGAGUGAUCUCCAAAAGCUCAAUAAGGCCAUUCAAAGUGUGACACAACUAGAACUUAGACAAGGGACCCCUGGCGGAUCACAUGAUCAAAACGUUUGAGAGACUGAUGAUAAUAAGUAGAUUGAUGAAAGCACUCAUGAUACUUGAUCUAGUUUCACAAAGAAUUCUUACUUUUCUUAAAAUAAUUCUCAAAAAGUUAAUGCAAAUAAUUUGCAUGGUCUUUCUGUUUGUAUAUUUGUUUACAACUGUUAAAAAUGCUAUACAAUAAUUUUUAACCUUUAUGUUUCACUAUGUUUUAAACAAAUAAUUAUAAAAUAUAUUUUGUAUUUGAUUUUUUUUACACUUUUAGUUUUUCAAAAAAUUGAAAUUAUAAAUAUGUUUGUUAAAGGGAAAUAUAAACAAUCUAUUUCUUUAUUUCAAAGAUCUUUAUUUCUUGAAAAUAGAUACCAUAAUUUUGAAGAUAGUUAUAACAUUAUUAUUGUUAUGUUAAAUCAUGAAAUUUGUAACUGAUCACUUCAACUGAGAUUCUUUUCAAAACUCUUGUAUGAUAUAACAGGUGUGUCAUGGAAGUUUAUUUUAUUCAGUGUCCCCCAUUUUUCUUUCUAUCAAAAUGAAGGAAAAAUAAAUCAUUAACAAAAAUGUAUUUAUUAAAUCUAUUUGGUUCGUCGUGUACAACUUUUUAAAAAAAUGUUUAAAUUUUCAUGUAACUGUUUAACUAAGUAUUGUACAGACAAGCUGGGACAUUCAGCCUGGAACAAAAUAGCUAGUAAAUCAAUUAUGAGGUGAAUGUGAAUUAUAAAUAUUGUUUUGUACAAAAUAGAAGUAACAUACUUUUUCUGUCUUAAACUUAAGGUAUUUGAUUAUCAAAAUACGGAUUUACUCAUAAUUUUAAAUAUGUAGAUACUUUGGGAUAAUUAAAGGAA